AUGAUGGAGGUGAACAGGACCUGCAUGGAUUGCUUGCCACCUGGUGCUGAUGGCAUAGGGGGAGAUGAAGGUGCUUCUCCUGGACUGACUACUGCUCUUGCUGUUGUCCUGAUCUUCACCAUCGUUGUGGACAUUCUAGGCAACGUACUGGUCAUUCUGUCAGUUCUGAGGAACAAGAAGCUCCAGAACGCUGGUAACAUAUUCGUGGUGAGCUUGUCCGUUGCCGAUCUGGUGGUGGCAGUCUACCCAUAUCCAGUAAUACUCAUUGCUAUAUUCCAUAAUGGAUGGACACUAGGAAAUAUCCAUUGCCAGAUCAGUGGCUUUUUAAUGGGCCUUAGUGUUAUUGGUUCAGUUUUUAACAUUACAGCCAUAGCCAUCAACAGGUACUGCUACAUUUGUCACAGCCUCAGAUAUGACAAGCUUUAUAACCAGAGGAGCACGUUCUGCUAUCUAUGCUUAACAUGGAUACUGACGGUUCUAGCAAUCGUGCCAAACUUUUUUGUUGGGUCUUUACAAUAUGAUCCACGUGUCUUCUCGUGUACUUUUGCCCAGACGGUAAGCUCUUCAUACACCAUUACAGUUGUUGUUGUACAUUUCUUAGUCCCUCUGGCCGUGGUGACAUUCUGUUAUCUGAGAAUAUGGGUUCUGGUUAUCCAAGUGAAGCAGCGGGUGCGACAAGACUCCAGGCAAAAGCUGACACCAACAGAUCUAAGGAACUUUUUGACUAUGUUUGUAGUGUUUGUUCUUUUUGCGGUUUGCUGGGGACCCUUAAAUUUCAUUGGCCUUGCAGUGGCCAUUAACCCCUUCCAAGUGGCGCCUAAGAUUCCAAAAUGGCUGUUUGUGCUAAGCUAUUUCAUGGCGUAUUUUAACAGCUGCCUCAAUGCCGUCAUUUAUGGUCUUAUGAAUCAGAACUUCCGCAAGGAGUACAAAAGAAUAUUAAUGUCUUUGUGGACUCCAAGACUGCUCUUCAUUGACACUUCAAAAGGUGGAACUGAGGGGAUUAAAAGCAAGCCAUCACCAGCUGGUACUAAUAACAAUGAAGCCGAUUUAUAUGUGUAAAAUGGGAUAAGCUGCCAUUUUGUAUGCAUUUUAAAGCAUUAAUCAAAAUUAUUUUUAUGACAUUUUUUCACUA